UGCGGCAAAUGUUCUGCGCGCAAGCAUCGCGCAGAAGCCAAAGUCACUUCCUCCUCGACUUUCGUUUCUUCUCGAGCGCAGUCGAAAGCCCGCCACACGCGUGAGAGCGCUUGAAGCAUCGGCCGCUUUUGGAGCCGACGCCAUGGCGUUUCCUCUCCUUCAGUACGUGGCCACGCUGGACGGCGCCAGUCUGCCCAGAAUCCUUCGGGUCUGCUCGGGGGUCUACUUCCAAGGGUCCGUCUAUGAGAUUUCGGGCAACGAGGUCUGCUUCUCCACCGGGGACGUCAUCAAGGUCACCGGCAUCGAACUCUCGUCCGUUUGUUGCCAGGACGUCGACGGCGACGAGACCUUCGAGCUCCCCCUGGACCACGCAGGCUUGUUGACGGCGAUCCCGGAGGCCGCCGCGUACGACACGGUGGAGGAAGUGGUCAAAGCGGAGGGCGCCGGCUCGGAGUCUCGCCCGCCCGUCACCUUCACGAGCCGCUCCGAGGUGGCGCUGGCCGACGUCACGCUGGGGGCGGGCGCCGUCCUGACCGUCAUCUCCGUGGCGCAAGAGGAGCGGCGCUGCCGCUGCCGGCUACACCCGGGCCCGGGCCGGCCCCAGGUCGAGGUCGAGGCCGAGGCCGAGGUGGACGUGCCGCUGGCGACGCGCGGCCAGUUCUACGUCAGCCGAGGCCACGGGCGCUUCACCCCCCGGGAGAUCGUGACCUCGGCGCACCUGCGCGGUCGACGCUUCCGCUUCGACGACGGCGCCGCCAGCCGGGGCGCGCUGGUCCUCAGCCCGGUCUACCAGAUCUGCGCCAUCAUGAGCCUGAGGAAGGACGUGUUGCGCUUCCCGUCCAGCCUGGCCAUGGACGUGGCGGACAUCACGGACACGUGCGGGGACGUGGGCUUCGUCACCCCCCUCAGCCUGCCCGAGGUCCAUUCCCAGUCGGAGGAAAGCUUCCCCGCGGUGGUGGAGGUCCUGGAGGGGCCGGAGAUGCGCUCGGUGCUGAAGAGCGCUUGGCUCCCGCAGCUGCGGGCGGGAGCGCGGCUCAUCUUCCACGGACGGGCCACCUCGCCCAUGACGGUGGUGUCCGGCGGCAAAAGCCGGCAGGCGCGGCGCUACUUCCUGGUGUCGGAGCGCUACGCCGGCCGCUUCCGCCGCCGUCCCCGCGCCUUCGACUCGGCGUACGAGCUGUACGCGGCCUCGGCUCAAACGCCCGCUUUGAGAGUGUCGGCCGCGCGAGACUGCGAGGAGGCCGAGGAGGAAGGCCUUCCCGGCCUCUCGGUCGGCGAGCGGCUGGAAGUGCUGGGCCGCCAAAAGGUGCGACUGCCGUGCGGCCCGGCCGACGCCGUGGCUUGCGUGCGCCUCCGAGACGCCGACGACGAAGGAGAGGACGAGGAAGACGAGGAGGUCGGGGCCGGGCGGCGGGGGGGCCUCCUUUAUCUGCCUUUGCACAUGCAAGGCCGCUUUGUGGAGCUGCUGAGCGACAACAAGAAGUACGCGCUGAAGGCGCUGGGCGACAAGCUGCCUCUGGACGUGAAAGCCGUGAGCCGGGACCCCGAGAUGGAGAGCGACCCGCUGGUGGGCUUACCUUCUCUGCGUCUGCUCGGGGUCACCCUGGAGCCCACCAUCCGGGCCAGCUUCCUGCACGCGCCCCACCUCUGCUUCGAGAUCCCCACCCGCCGGCUCGGCGUGAGCGUGUGCCGCACCCGGCAGCCUCUGCCGUGGCCCCCGGACCGGGCCCCCGAAUGCGCCGUGGAGCCCGUUACGGAGGUGACGGAGGAGUUCCUGCACCAGUUUCAAAAAGAGGCCCUUCCCGUUCUCAGCCCUCCUCCCAGACCCCCCAAAAGGUGCCCGGCGGCGCCGACCCGAGACUUUGGCGCCAUGACCAUCAGAAGUCGAGGGAGCUCCUUGCCGCCGCCUGCCCAGGCAGGUGUCAGCCAUCGGCCGCCGACAGUGGCGUCGCGCGAGUCGUUAACCCCUCGGGCCUCGGUCCCAAGAGCCACGCCCAACAGCGACGCGCGAGCGCUCACAAGCGACGUGGACGGGCCGGCACGUGAGGACGCCGCGGUGAAAAGUGACGAUGACAACUAUGAACAAGUGGAGGACGUGCCGACAGCGACGCCGCAGAGAACCCGAAAAAGCGUCGGCUUCUUCUAGACGGGACGCGGCUUUUUAUGCGCAACGAUACACAAGUACCUUCAAGUUCAGAGUUCUUUCAAAACAUGCCAAACGCAAUCGUUUUGUGUCGCGUGUAAAAGAAUUCAAGCAAACGCAUUAAAUAAGGGCUGAAGAAAA